UUGAAUGAAUUAAAUGCAGUAUAAGGGAACUAACCUAUUUUAACCUUAGUAUCUGUUAGACUAGGUACUGAGUACCUACUUUAUAUUGUACGGUAGCAUAAGUUUGUAAAAGAAUAACAUUAUGUGUGUCCCGUAAAUUGUAUAUUGCUCCGUCUAUUAAGCGUUUCAUGUAAUAAACGAAUUAUCUCUAAACGAAUAACAAAAUUACAAUGGAACAGCUGAUUAUGACCAUACAGUUAUUAGUAGGUCCCAAUCCUAUAAGUCAUUCCUAAAACACAUGAAGUGGCCAGUGCUACUUUGUUAGUGCUAUACUUAAUGACUCACUUUACUUGUUAUGGGCUAAAGCGUCAUAACUUUAACUAUUUAGAACAAUAUUGUUUUAAAAUAUAACUUGUAAUUGGUUUACCUAAUAUUUAAAGUAAGUUUAGUGAAAGUGCAAUCAUUAGAUGUCUGUUUUUAAAAUAUGUUUCUUUUAUUAGACUGUACGAGAUCGCAAUUAUCACGCUUGUAAUAAAUGUCUGUCCUUGCGUGGAUUGUUUAUUUUUCUUCAAAAUCAGAGCUAUAGAAAAAUAUCUCUUGAAAAGACCAAAACAAGGAAGGAAAGACAUGUCUACCUAAAUAUUUGUUAACAUUAAUACCUAGUAUAAUUCUGUCUACUCCUCGGAGGCUCUCUACAACAACACCAAUAAUUUAGUAGGAUACUUUGACAUCUAGUAAAUCAACCUAUCAACCAAAUUUAAUGUGACAUCUUACAUAGGGAUACAAUACUUCAAUAAAGAGAAGAAACGGACGAAGUUGUGGAUUUUUAACGAUGCCGUGCCAUUUUUCCUUCUGUUUUUUGUUAACGCGUGUUUAUUACAUUAAUCACAUAACCCGCAGUCUUCGCCGACCAUUUAACCUUUUUAACAUUAUUUUGAACCUAAAGCGCAAUCAAUAAUCAUACCAAGAAAUUUAAAAGAAAAAUCAUUGAAACAACAAUUAUUGGUAUGUAAUUUGACUUGAAAUCAGACUUGACAGCUAAACAGAAAACACGAGUUGUUAUUUAAAAAAUAAUUCUCUAUUCGAACCAGUAGUUUUUAAAACUAUAGAAUUAGACGAGAUGUACUUCAAAAAGACACAUAAUUUAAAGGUAGGAAUGUAUAAUAAUUGUUUUUACCCAUUUUGUAUAGCGCAAAAGAUUUUCCACUACGUCAUAAUUAAAUGAUGAAAGCCCGUCCGCAAUUAAAAUAUUUACGCCAAAACUAGGUACUAAGUGACAUCAUGAGUAGACUGUGUGAUAUAUUUUUAUUAUAAUUAUCAUAAUUUGAUAAGUGAAAUGGGGUUUAGUCGAGAAGAUCUGUAGAGCCCGGACGCCGAAGGCCGGCUCCCGGACCGUACAUAUUUACUUUCUAAUUGGAACACAAAGAGCACCGCUAAGCGCUGCCUCUCCACUCGAAUCAUCCCAUUAGCAUUUGGCGGCCACUGCCCGUCGGCCCGACAAAUUAGUGCUAUUGAUAAUAUUGCGUCCAUCGCCACGGAGGGAGCAUGUAUUUAAUAUCCUUUGACGCGUGAUUUACACUUCGACAUGAUAAUAUUAUGAUGAUCGGUCAUUAUGAAGCGACUGACUGCGGGCGUCGGCGAUAGCAGCCAGAGGUCGAAGCGGUCACCGCUUUGGCAAAAUUCGCGGUGUCGGUGGAAGAAGUCGCCGACGACCUUGCUCGUCCUUGUCCGCGACUCGGCCCGCGGCCGCGAUAAGCGGCGAGGUCUCGUGGAAAUGUGGGAGCGAGUCGCGACCCCGCUAUCGCGCCGUUUUAACCGGCCACGCCGUGCGCGCAGCCUCACUCGCUGCGUGCACACGCUCGCGAAACCACUCGAUUCGUGGCCGUGUUCGAUAGCCCUACGACGAAACAUUUUGACGAUAGCGUCGGCCAUUCCAGAAUAUCCGAAGACAUUCCCUUGAGAAACGAUGCCGAGCGCAGUGGUGAACGGCGGCGGCGCAGCGGCACGGGCGGCCGCCGACGAAGUGGUGGUGACCGGGCUGUCAGGCCGCCUGCCGCAGUCCGACACCAUCGAGGAGUUCGCGGAACAGCUGUUCGCCGGUGUCGAUCUCGUCACGGCGGACGACCGACGUUGGAUGCCCGGGUUGCACGGGCUGCCGGAACGCAAUGGCAAGCUGAAAGACUUGGAACACUUCGACGCCACUUUCUUCGGCGUACACGCCAAGCAGGCCCAUCUCAUGGACCCGCAACUGCGACUGCUUCUCGAGAUCACGCACGAAGCCAUCGUAGACGCGGGUCUCAACCCGGCCGAGCUGCGCGGCUCGCGCACUGGCGUCUUCGUCGGCGUCUCCAACUCCGAGACGGAAGAGAUGUGGACCGAGGACCCCGAUAAGAUCAACGGCUACGCGCUGACCGGCUGCUGUCGGGCGAUGUUUCCCAACCGCAUCUCGUACACCUUCGACCUGAAGGGCCCCUCCUACGCCAUCGACACCGCCUGCUCCAGUUCCAUGUUCGCGUUGGCGCAGGCCGCGGCGGCGAUGCGCGCCGGCCAGUGCGACGCGGCCGUCGUCGCCGGGUGCAACCUGUGCCUGAAACCGGCCAACUCGCUGAACUUUCACCGGCUGAGCAUGCUGUCGCCGGAGGGUCGGUGCGCGGCUUUCGACGCCGGCGGCCGCGGCUACGUGCGCUCCGAGGCCGCCGUGGCCGUGCUGCUGCAGCGCCGAGGCGCGGCGCGGCGGGUGUACGCCACCGUUCGAGGCGCACGAAUGAACACCGACGGCCACAAAGAACAGGGCAUCACCUUCCCCUCGGGCGCCGUGCAGCGUCGUCUCGCCGAGGAGACCUUCGCGGAGGCCGGCCUGCGCCCGCAAGACGUGUCGUACGUCGAGGCGCACGGCACCGGCACCAAGGUGGGAGACCCGCAAGAGGUGAACGCGAUAGCGGACCUGUUCUGUCCGGGGCGCAGCGAGCCUCUCCUGCUGGGCUCCGUCAAGUCUAACAUGGGUCACUCGGAGCCCGCCUCGGGGCUGUGCUCCUUGGCCAAGGUGCUGCUCGCCAUGGAGCGCGGCUGUCUGCCCGCCAACCUGCACUACCGCGAGCCGAACCCCGACAUCCCGGCGCUCAGCGACGGCCGCAUUAAGGUGGUCGACCGCAACACGGAGUGGGACGGCGGGCUGGUGGCCGUGAACUCGUUUGGCUUCGGCGGCGCCAACGCCCACAUCAUCCUGGAAUCGGAGCGCGGAGGCGCUCGGGCGCCCGCCGCCUACGAAGUGCCGCGCGUGCUCGUGGCGUCCGGCCGGACGGAAGAGGCGGUGCGCGAACUGCUGGGGCUGGGCGCGCAGCACCCCCGCGACUCGUCGCUGCACGCGCUGUUGGACGCCGUGCACGCGCAGAACGUCCCCGGACACGGGCACCGCGGCUUUAGCGUGCUCUCCAACCCGCCCCUCGAGGAGAUCUCGGAGGUGGAGAGCGGCGCCCGUCCCGUGUGGUUCGUGUUCUCGGGCAUGGGGUCGCAGUGGGCCGGCAUGGCGCGCGGUCUGCUGCGGCUGCCGGCGUUCGCGCGCAGCGUCGAGCGCAGCGCCGCCGCUCUCAAGCCGCACGGGCUCGACCUGCUGCACGUGCUCACGGAGGCGCCCGACGCCGCCUUCGACGACGUCAUCAACUCUUUCGUGUCCAUCGCCGCCGUGCAGGUGGCUCUCGUCGACGUGCUGCGCAUCGCGGGCAUCGUCCCCGACGGCAUAGUCGGCCACUCGGUCGGCGAGAUCGGUUGCGCCUACGCGGACGAGACGCUGACGGGCGAGCAGGCGGUGCUGGCCGCGUACUGGCGAGGCCGCAGCAUCGUGGACGCGAAGCUGGGCCCCGGCGCGAUGGCGGCCGUGGGCCUGUCUUGGGAGGAGUGCGAGGCGCGCCUGCCGCCGGGCGUGGUGGCGGCCUGCCACAACGCCGCCGACAGCGUGACCGUGUCGGGCCCCGUGGAGGCCGUCGAGAGAAUGGUGGCCGAGGUUAGCGCCGCCGGCGGCUUCGCUCGGCGCGUGAACAGCUCGGGCGUGGCCUUCCACAGCCGGUACAUCGCGUCGGCCGCGCCGCUGCUGCGCAAGAGUCUCGAGCGGGUCAUCCCCGACCCGAAGCCGCGCUCGGCGCGCUGGAUCUCCUCCUCGCUGCCGCGUGAGCAGUGGGACUCCGACCUCGCCCGAAUGAGCGACGCGGCGUACCACGUGAACAACCUGCUGUCCCCCGUGCGGUUCGCGGAAGCGCUGCGCGAGGUUCCCGAGCGCGCCGUGAUCGUGGAGGUGGCGCCGCACGCGCUGCUGCAGGCCGUGCUCAAGCGCGCCCGACCCGCGCCCGCCGCGGCGCACGUUCCCCUGCUGCGUCGCGACGCGCCCGACCCUCUGGCGCACCUGCUGGCGGCGCUGGGCCGCCUCUACGCCGCCGGCGCGCAGCCGGACCUGGGUGCGCUCUACCCGCCCGUGUCCUUCCCGGUCCCUCGCGGCACGCCCGCGCUGGCCUCUCGCGUGCGCUGGGACCACUCCGUGGAGUGGAGCGUGGCCCACUUCGGCUCGCCGCGCUCCGGCGAGAACGUGAUCGAGUACGACCUGUCCCGCGCGGACGACGCCUUCGUCGCCGGACACGACAUCGACGGCCGCAUCCUGUUCCCGGCCACCGGCUACCUGACGCUCGUGUGGAGGACGAUGGCGAAGUUGAGGAAUAAGAAGCCCGAGGACACCCCGAUAGUGCUCGAGAACGUGCAGUUCAAGCGCGCGACCAUCGUCAGCCGCGACGCGCCCGUCCGCUUCCUGAUCAACGUGCUCGAGGGCACGGGCGAGUUCGACGUGUGCGAGGGCGGCGGCGUGGCCGUCACGGGGCGCGUGCGGCUCGCGGACGACGGCGCCGACGAACGCCUGCCGACGCCGCCGCCGCCCGCCGCCGAGCCCGGCGCGACUCCCCUCCUCACCGACGACGUCUACAAGGAGCUCCGCCUGCGCGGCUACAACUACGGCGGCGUCUUUCGCGGAAUCCGCUCGUCGGACGCCCGGGGUGUCGCCGGGGAACUCGUGUGGAACGACAACUGGAUCGCCUUCAUGGACACGAUGCUGCAGUUCGCCAUCAUCGGCUCCGACACGCGCGAGCUCUACGUGCCGACGCGGCUGCGGCGCGCCCUCAUCGACCCUCGGGCGCAGCGCGCCGCCUUGGCGGCCGCCGUCGACGGCGCCGUGCCGGUGCGCAUGCUCCGAGACGUGGACGUCAUAUCCGCGGGCGGCGUCGAGUUCCGCGGCCUCAAGACGAGCCUCGCGCCGCGCCGCGCCAACGCCCAGGCCCCUCCCAAGCUCGAAAAGUACUCGUUCGUCCCGUACGACGGCAGACAGACCGUCGUCGACCGCCGCGACGCGCUCGCGUCCACUCUGCAGCUGCUGCUCGAAAACGCCGGCACCCUGCGUCUCAAGCUGUGCGAGGCGACGCUCGAGCGCACGCCGGAAACGCUGCUGGCGCCGUUAGCUCUGGAGAUCUUGGAGGAGGAGCCGCAGGUGCGCGUAGAGGCGGCGCUGGCCGGCGGGUCCGCCCACGCCGCCUACGCCGCGGUCGCGCAGAGCUCGGGGGCCAAGACCAGUCCGAAGGACGGUAUCGUCGGCGCCCCGGACGUCGAUUGCCACCUGGUGGUGGCGACGGACGUUUUACGUCGACACGGCGCACCCGUGCUCGCGAAUCUCGUCGCCGCACUGUUGGACACCGGCAUGCUGCUGCUGGAGGAGCCGCACGGCGCGGCCGACGACCCCGCGGCGAAAGAGGCGCUGCGCGACUGCGGACUGGAGACGGUCUCCAGGGCGCGCACGCCGGACUCUGAGUUCCUGCUGCUCCGGCGAGAGACGUCGCCGCCCGCGGCUCACGUGAUCGUCGACGCGGACGAACCCUCGUUCGCCUGGGUGGAGCGACUCCGCGACGCGUUGAAGCGCGCCGAGAGCGAAGAUAUCCGCGUGUACGCGGUGUCGCGCGCGCCCGACUCCGGCCUGCUCGGCCUCGCGACUUGCCUGCGGGCCGAGCCGGGCGGCGCGCGCCUCCGCACUUUCUUCCUGCCCGGAGCCGAGCGACCUUUCCGGCCGGACUCGCCCGACUAUCGCGCUCAAGUCCGUCGCGACCUGGCGGUGAACGCGAUGCGCGCGGGCGCGUGGGGCUCGUACCGACACCUGAGCGUGGCGGGCGUCGGCGACGCGCUGCUGCAGGUGGAGCACGCGUACGUGAACACGCUGACUCGCGGUGACCUUUCGUCGCUGCGCUGGAUCGAGAGCGAGCUGCGCCACGCGGCGGCGGCCGGCCUGGGCCCGCGCGACGAGCUCUGUCGCGUGCACUACGCGCCGCUCAACUUCCGCGACAUCAUGUUGGCCACGGGCAAGCUGCCGCCCGACGCGCUGCCCGGCAACCUCGCCGGACAGGAGUGUAUCCUGGGACUGGAGUUCAGCGGGCGGUCUUCGACAAAUGCGCGCGUCAUGGGCAUGGUGGCGGCGCGAGGCCUGGCCACGACCGUGAUCGCCGACCGCGGAUUCCUGUGGGAGGUGCCCGACAAAUGGACGCUCGAGGAGGCCGCCACGGUGCCCGUCGCCUACGCCACGGCGUACUACGCCCUCGCGGUGCGCGGGCGCAUGAGGCGCGGCGAGAGCGUGCUCGUGCACGCGGGCACGGGCGGAGUCGGACAGGCCGCCAUCGCCAUCGCGCUGCACGCCGGCUGCACCGUCUUCACCACGGUGGGCACGCCCGAGAAGCGCGCCUUUCUCAGAGAGCGCUUCCCCGCGCUGCCCGAGGAGAACGUGGCGAACUCGCGCGACACGUCCUUCGAGCAGCACGUGCUCCGGCGGACUGGCGGCCGAGGAGUCGACCUCGUCCUCAACUCGCUGGCCGGCGACAAGUUGGCCGCCUCCGUGCGCUGCCUCGCGCCCGGCGCGCGCUUCCUCGAGAUCGGCAAGCUCGAUCUCUCCAACGACACGGCGCUCGGCAUGGCCGUCUUCCUCAAGAACACGACCUUCCACGGCAUCCUGCUGGACGCGCUGUUCGACGCGCCGGCCGACGACCCCGAGCGGCUGGAGGUCGUGCGCUGCGUGAACGAGGGCAUCGCCGGCGGAGCGGUGCGGCCGCUGCCCGCCACGGUCUUCGGCGGCGGGCAGCUCGAGCAGGCCUUCCGCUACAUGGCCACCGGCAAGCACAUCGGAAAGGUGGUGCUGCGCGUGCGCGACGAGCGGGAAGACGCGCGGACGGUGGCGGCCGUGCCUCGCACGUACAUGCACCCCGGCCGCAGCUACGUGCUCGUGGGGGGCCUGGGCGGCUUCGGGCUGGAGCUGGCGCAGUGGCUGGUGGGACGCGGCGCGCGCACCCUCGUGUUCAACUCGCGCAGCGGCGUGCGCACGGGCUACCAGGCGUGGUGCGUGCGACGUUGGCGCGAGCGCGGCGUGCGCGUGAUCGUGUCGACCGCGGACGUGAGCGGCGCGGCGGGGGCGCGAGCGCUGCUGCGCGAGUCGUGUUCGGCGGCGCCCGUGGGCGGCAUCUUCAACCUCGCCGCCGUCCUGCGCGACGCCUACCUCGAGAACCUCACGCCGGACGACUUCCGCGCCGUCGCCGCGCCCAAGAUUGACGGCACCAAGGCAUUGGACGUGGCGUCCCGGGAGCUUUGCCCCGAACUGGAGUACUUCGUGGCGUUCUCGUCGGUGUCGUGCGGGCGCGGAAACCCCGGCCAGAGCAACUACGGCUGGGCCAACUCGGGCAUGGAGCGGCUGGUCGAGCUGCGCCAGGCCGACGGAUUGCCCGGCCUGGCCGUGCAGUGGGGUGCCAUCGGCGACGUGGGCCUCGUCGUGGACACGAUGGGCGGCAACGAUAUAGUCGUGGGCGGCACUGUCCCGCAGCGCAUCGCGUCGUGUCUCGAGGCGCUGGGCACUCUGCUGGCGCUGCCCCACCCCGUGGCCGCCUCCAUGGUGCUGGCCGACAAGCGUCGCUCCGCCGCCCAGCCCACGCAGGAUCUGGUGCAGGCCGUCGCCAACAUCCUCGGUAUAAAGGAUCCCUCGAAAGUAUCCGACUCCUCAAAUCUGGCCGAACUCGGAAUGGACUCGUUGAUGGGCGCCGAGAUCAAGCAGACCUUGGAGCGCGGGUACGACUUGGUGCUCGGCGUGCAGGAGAUCCGCGCUCUGACGUUCGCCAAACUGCGCGCCCUCACGGGAGGCGAGGAGCCGGCGCCCGCGGCCUCGGCCUCUCCGGCCGCGGACCUCGGUCAGGCGCCCACGCUGGGCGAGCUCGUGCCCGAGCAGGUGACCGUGAGGCUGCCGAGCGGCGGCGACGAGGCCGGUCGGCCCGUGUUCAUGGUGCAUCCCAUCGAGGGCGUGGUCGACAUGCUGCGGGGCGUGGCGGCCGCCGUGCGGGGGCCCGUCUACGGGCUACAGUGCACGCGCGACGCGCCGCUCUCCGACAUGAGCGCGCUGGCCGCCUUCUACGUUGGGCACGUGCGGGCGCUUCAGCCGCGACCGCCCUACACGCUGCUGGGCUACUCCUACGGCGCCAGCGUCGCCUUCGAGAUGGCUCUGCAGCUGGAGAAGGAGGGGCUCGAGGUGCGCCUGGUGCUAGUGGACGGUUCGCCCUCGUACGUCGCGACGCACACGACGCGCGGCAUCAACAAGCGAGCGAAACGCUCCGCCGCCACCGACGAGGCGGACGCGCUCGCCUACUUCGUGCAGCUCUUCCGAGACGCGGACGGCGCGAAGCUGUCCGCCGAACUCGAGGGGCUGGCCGACUGGAACGCGCGCGUCGAUCGGGCCGUCCGGCUGGCCGGACGCGGCGACGCCGACUCGGACGAGCUGCGCGUCGCCGCCGAGAGCUUUUAUCGCAAGCUGGUCGCGGGGCACGCGUACCGGCCGCGGGGCAAGGUUCGCGCGCCCGUCGCGCUGUUCACGGCGCGGGACAACUACGUGGAGCUGGCGGCCGACUACGGGUUGGGCGCGGUGUGCGAGAGCGAACCCGUGACGCGGCAGCUCCCCGCCGACCACCGCUCCAUCCUAGUCGGGGACCCCGCGCGCGCCAUCGCCGACUGCAUCUCGACGCUGCUGCAAUAGGCGCGAGUGCCGAGUUCGCGUACGCGUUUCGUAUCAUAGUGAUCCGGAAGAGACUCGGCGGCGCUCGAUACGUAGGGUUACGUAGCGAGAGACGCCGGCCUGCGUCGUCAGAUGUGCUUAUCUUUAUUUAUCCGCUCCACUUUCCCGACCCCGACUUUCGAAGAAGAAAAUCUUACGAACGAAGGAGCGCGGGGCGGAGUGGACUCGCGGGGUCUUAGUCGUAACUGUAUUUAUGUUCUGCUGUUAUUUAUUAGACGAGCGUGGCUCGGGUUUGUGAUACGUAGCAUUCCUUUAGUUUUAAGAGUAUAAGAGUAGAGAUUAAGGCGGGUGUGACGCGCGAAAGCCUCCGUCGAUUCACGGUCGGCUCGAGCCUGUGAUAAAUAAAUGUGCAUUAUUUUUAAAA